AUUCUUUUCAUCAGCCAGGAUAGCUGUACAUUCUUUUUUCUUACUUUCUCAUCUGCGAACUACGUUCCCUUCCUUUCUACCACACAUUCAUUCUUUAACCCUAACUUCAAAUCACCUUCAUUUCACCUACCACUAUGAAGACUACCACCUACAGUUUGCUCGCUCUGGCAGCGGCUUCCAAGCUGGCCUCCGCCCACACCACCGUCCAGGCCGUCUGGAUCAACGGCGAGGACCAGGGUCUCGGUAACACCGACGAUGGCUACAUCCGCUCUCCCCCCAGCAACAGCCCCGUCACCGACGUCACCUCCACCGACAUGACCUGCAACGUCAACGGUGACCAGGCUGCUUCCAAGACCCUCUCCGUCAAGGCCGGUGACGUUGUCACCUUUGAGUGGCACCACAGCGACCGCUCCGACUCUGACGACAUCAUCGCCUCCUCCCACAAGGGUCCCGUCCAGGUCUACAUGGCCCCGACGGCCAAGGGCUCCAACGGCAACAACUGGGUCAAGAUCGCUGAGGAUGGAUACCACAAGAGCUCCGAUGAGUGGGCCACCGACAUCCUGAUCGCCAACAAGGGCAAGCACAACAUCACCGUUCCCGACGUUCCGGCCGGUAACUACCUCUUCCGCCCUGAGAUCAUCGCCCUCCACGAGGGUAACCGCGAGGGUGGUGCCCAGUUCUACAUGGAGUGUGUCCAGUUCAAGGUCACCUCCGACGGCUCCAACGAGCUUCCCUCCGGUGUCUCCAUCCCCGGUGUCUACACCGCCACUGACCCCGGUAUCCUCUUCGACAUCUACAACUCCUUCGACAGCUACCCCAUCCCCGGCCCGGAUGUCUGGGAUGGCUCCAGCUCUGGCUCCUCCAGCUCCGGAUCUUCUUCCGCUGCUGUCUCCUCGGCUGCUGCUGCUACCACCUCUGCCGUCGCUGCCACCACCCCCGCUACCCAGGCUGCCGUUGAGGUCUCUUCCUCUGCUGCUGCUGCUGCUACCACCGAAGCUGCCGCUCCCGUCGUCAGCUCUGCUGCCCCUGUCCAGCAGGCCACCUCCGCUGUGACCAGCCAGGCCCAGGCCGCCCCCACCACCUUCGCCACCUCUUCCAAGAAUGCCAGCGCUAGCGCUUCCGCCGGCGGUGUUGCUAAGCAGUACGAGCGCUGCGGUGGUAUCGACCACACUGGCCCUACUACUUGCGAGAGCGGCUCUGUCUGCAAGAAGUGGAACCCUUACUACUACCAGUGCGUUGCGUCCCAGUAAAUCAAGCAUCGAUUUGCUGUGAUUCGAGGAUUGGUUUGGAUCUAAGUCGAGUCGAG